AUGGACCGACAGACUCAAUCAAUGCCAAAUUUGGCCAGCGAACGACACUCUGACCAAGCAGACUUUACGAAACUGAUUAGUCAAUCGCCCUCAUCGAUCAUGAAACUAAACAACUUACCUACCGUAAAACUACAAAAAUUUGCGCCGUUUAGUCUUCGGUGGAUCCACGGCUACAACCAGAAGGUUGGUGUUAUAAACCUGAACAAAAAUGGCAGUACAGUCGCUUUUUAUGCAGCAGCUAACUGCGCCGUACUGUACAACUGGACCAGACAUCAAAUGCGAAUGCUGCAAGGCCAUAAACACACAGUAACAUGCAUCGCCAUAGAUGGCAGCGGUAACUGGCUGGUGACAGCCGACUCUGGUCCAGAGAACAUCCUCAUCAUAUGGGACUAUAAGGAUUUAUUUCCUCAGAAGACCCUGUUCUCCCCCCACGGAGCGAGCAACAUCGCGAAGAUAGCGAUGAGCAGUGAUGCCAAAUAUCUGUUGACUAUGGCAUACAUGGAUGACAAGAUUUCUCUUCACUGGUGGAUAUGGAGUUUUGCACAAGUUACCCCUCAUGCCACGAUAGAAAUCGCCAUGACUCAAGAUGCUGUGUUACGAAUCGGAUUCAACCCAUUUUUAACCAAGCAAUUCAUAAUUUUGACUAAAUCUGAUAUAUGGAUCGGAAUAUCUAGGAAAAUAGUAGUUGACGAAAGGGGUGUUUUGAGGGAGACAGACAAUUACGAAUUGAAGGUAGUUAAGCCCGAAAAAAAGAUAAAUCCAGAACAUGGUAACCUAACUUGUUACACGUUCGUGGAGGACACAUGCCAGAUACUGGUGGCUACAAACCGUGGCGCUAUCCUCGUAUUUGGGUACGAAAUUGAAUAUAACGUGAACGUUAAAGUGUCCCCAGCCGACUACGAAAAUUUAAGGUUCAUCAAAGUGGUGAAGGUAGAGAAGAAGAAGAUAAACGUCAUAAAAAGUAUAGAUAAGGUUGUAAUAACCGGUAACAACGUUGGACAAAUGCACUUUUACGACGACCAACUAAAGCUGUUAUACUGGAUCCACAAAUUUCCAGUGGAUUGCAUCAAGACACUAAGCUUUAACUUGUCACCCAGAAGCUACAAGAUAUUUGACACAAAAUGUAAAAAACCUUGUAUCUGUUGGGAGAAAGUGAAGACGGAGGUGGAUCCUGAGACGGGAUUGAUGAGGCAGAAACUCCUAAAGAUGAAAAUCCCAUAUGAUGCAACCACGAGUGGCAAGCCUUUUCUUGUCAGGGACUUCAUCAUAAGUACAGUGAACAGUGGAGUCGGUUUCGUAGAUUUUGUGACAGAGAAAGUGAAUGUCAUUAUAAAGAAUAGAGCAGCACCUGUUAUAACCCUUAGUGUACACCCCGAAAAGUCUCUCGUGUGCUUGGGAUUCGCAGACGGUAUUUUAGAACUAUAUAACUUUGUACAACACAAAACAUUAGUUAAGCUUGACCUAAGAAAUUAUUUUACAAUCGUGAUCCCUCCUAGAGACGAUUCCAUCAACUGUAACUACGAAAGCAUCGUGCCGAAGCUUUCUGGGACCUGUAUCCGGUAUUCACCUUCAGGUUUACACUUAGCUUGUGGACUGAACACAGGAGAACUGAUAUUCUUGGACCCCAUUGCACUAGAUAUUAAAACACCAAAAUCGUUUAAAGACACGAGUUAUAAUAUUAACAAAAUCAGCUUCAGUCCGGACUCGCUUACUAUGGCUACUGCUGAUGUUGGCAAAACCAUUUGUGUUUACAAGUAUGACUGUACGACCUUCAAGUGGACUUUUAUAGGGAAGCAUCGGGCUCAUUACAAAGAAAUAACAGUUUUGCUCUUCCUACCUGAGAAGAAUGCGGACGGGAACUACAAGCUCUUGUCACUGGGCAAAGACAGGAUGAUGGUAGAGUACGAUAUAGGAGCAAGUAAAGAUGAAUAUUUGCAGAUAUUGAGUUUGGACAGGGUGGAGCAGUCUGCGAUCCCCCUAGCGGGUAUAGUGUGGCCUACACCUGAUGAUCUCAACCCUGACAUAUACAGGACUAAACUACCUUUAAUACUUGUGGCUGGUAAUGAGUUCAAAUAUAAGAUAGUGAACUACGAGUCGACAAUGACAUUGGCAACGGUUCUUGGACCUCGAUACGAGACCCCCGUGUGCAAGAUGUUCCUUGUGCACAAAAAGGAACCUAAUGAAGAGUUGCAGUACUUGGUGUUCGUCACUAAAGAUAUCAUUGGACUGCAGAAGUUACCACUCGAUGGCAACCCUUGGAAACACGUUGGUAUGCUGGGACAUCCAGUAAGGAUAUUGGACAUGGAUUUUCGAGAAGACAUUGGAACUUUAUUUACCAUCGGUGAAAAAGACACCACUAUGAUGCAAUGGACUGCUAAUUACAGAUCAGUGGAAGGAUCAACCAAAAAUGGAGGCGGUGACUUGGAUCCUUAUUACUGUCUUGUAGAAGAUUCUCGGCCCGGUUGGCUCUUCCAGGAGAUAAGAGACCUGUUCUACUACAUACAGAUUCUUUGCCAGGGUACUUUUUCGCCAGCUAUGAGACGUGUCAAGGAUUACAUACCGAUAGACUCGUUGCCUGAUUUGAUGAGAGCCUUAGGAUUUUUCCCAUCGGAGUAUGAGGUAGAAAACCUUUUGGUAGAAGCGAAAUAUAAGGUAUACCGGCGGGAGCCACUGAAGGAAAUAGAUUUUGAUGAGUUCGUGAAACUUUUUCUGAAUCAUCGGCCAGUCUUCGGCGAAAACUUCAAACGUAUCAGAGGCGCGUUCAGGAACUUUGCGACCAUUGAUAAAAACAACUAUUCGAUGUCAAGAGAUGCGUUUAUUGAAAUGCUUACUACGACUGGUGAACGUUUCUCUUCUGAGUUGGCCUGGUACCUGCUAUCUAUACUAAGUGGGCACAGUUUUGAAGACAGAGCUGUUAUGCCCGAAGAGGAUUUCUGGUUUUUACCAGAGGACUUAACAUUCUCUUACUUAGUGAACGAAAUAAUUGGCAUGCAGGAAAUAGAGAAUGUGUCGGAAGGCAUGUCUAAUAUUGAAUCGUCUGCGACAUCUUUGCUCUCAGUGCAAACAUUGGAUUCUGAAUCGGACUAG